AUGGUGCGAGCGCAGUCACUUCGGGAUCUUACUUCGAAAUUUGAAAAAAUGGGUAAUCAUGGAUCAGUUUCGCCAUCAUCAAAAGGAGCACUGGCUCGUGGCGGAGAGAAGCGUUUUUCGAUGUUGGAAAGUGUUCCGGGAACUGUUGAAGUGGCAUCGCCUGAUGUUAUUAAUUCUCGAGAAAACAAUCAGCCUACUGUAAGCCGAGAUUCAUUGUUAGAUUUAUAUCGCCGCUUGGAAAGCUGCAUUUGCGAUCUGCGCAACGAUCGUAUUUCUCGUGUCAAGGGACAGCAUAUCGGUUACACUGAUGGCCAGCACGCGCUGCUUAUCCGGUUGAGCGAUGUGAUGCAGCAGUUUCAUCAUAUGUGCGCAAUUUAUGCUGAAAAUAUUUCGCCCCAUUCAAAGUUUCGUUAUCGUGAACUGCUGAACCGUAUGGAUGUAUUCAUUCGUCAGCUGAGGCAGUGCGCAUCCUCAUCAUCCUCCACCGACGUGCUCCAGGCCGAGCAACAAGUUAUACCUCAAUUUGAGCAAAUAAUACGCCAAAUUAUGCAUUUGGUGCAGAGGUAG